UUGGCAAUUUUUUACAAUGGGAAAUGUUUGCAGUUGUUUAAAAAGAGAGGAGGAUAAUCAAGAAGCUGGAAUAAUCGAGAACAUGGAAGAAGGAAAUGUCGGCAAUGAAAUUUUGGAAGAAAAUUUGGAGGACUUUCAGAAUGAGGAAGUUUUGCAAGAUGCUGUAAAUUUGCCUGUUCCCGAUUUUGAAGUUAAUCAAUUGGCGAUUUAUUUGGCAGCAAUUGACAAUCAGGAUUUUGGAGCGCUUGAUCCAACACCUGGCUUUUUUCCAAUCUUUGGAUAUACCCCUGACGGAGAAGGCUGCCUGCACUUAAUUGUGACAAAAAUUUUAUAUUACAAACCUGACGAAGCAUUAGUCGGCAAUUGCGAUACAAUGGUUAAAGACUCUUAUAUGAUUGCUGAAGUUUUCAUACGUACUCACUUAAUUGAGCUGGGAAUUGACUUCUCAAGAACUUGUCAUUUUUUUGGCCAUAUUUAUCCGGUUUCUUUUCUUAAAUACUCUUUAAAUUGUUUGAAAAAUACCCGGAUUAAUUCCGAUUUUAAAUUGUUUGAAAAUAACCCAAGAAAAUAUCCAAAUCAAACCCAAAAAACUUGUCUUUUUGGACAAUGGACUUCUAACCAAAUUCCUUUAAAAAUUUUAUCCGUUUAG